GCCGGUGACAGAGAAAAUGGGGUGGAGCUGAGGGCGUGGUCUGACAAACAGUAGGCGGGUCGCACCCCGGGCCACCAUUAGCCCGGAUGGCUCACCCCCAAGAACCAAGGGUAUGGCGCAGCGCGACCAAACGUGGGUGACAAGGAGAAUGGGAAGGGAGAGGAACCAGUGUUGUGGGGCGGGGUCUGAUGAGUAGUAGGCGGGGCUGUGUCUUAGGUGCAGUUCUCCAACGCUCAACCCCGCUAAGAGCAGGUAACAGCAGGAAAGGAGCAGUGAGCGCCCCAGCAGGGUGACGUUUGGAGAGUAGUAGGCAAGUCUGCAUUCCGGGCCACGCAGGCUCGGGCUGUACAACCCCACAGCCUGGCAGGAUCGCUCAGAGCGGCGGAUCGCAGGAGCAGGCUAGAAGCCACCACCAUGGCUGUAGGCAACAUUAAUGAACUGCCAGAGAACAUUCUGCUGGAACUGUUCACCCACGUCCCGGCCCGCCAGCUGCUGCUGCGCUGCCGACCUGUCUGCAGCCUCUGGAGAGACCUCAUUGACCUCGUUACACUCUGGAAGCGCAAAUGCCUUCGAGAGGGCUUCAUCACCGAGGACUGGGACCAGCCUGUGGCUGACUGGAAGAUCUUCUACUUCCUGCGCAGCCUCCAGAGGAACCUCCUUCACAACCCUUGUGCUGAAGAGGGAUUUGAGUUCUGGAGCCUGGACGUGAACGGAGGAGAUGAAUGGAAGGUGGAAGAACUCUCCAAAGACCAGCGGAAGGAAUUCCCCAAUGACCAGGUCAAGAAAUACUUCGUGACUUCCUAUUACACCUGCCUCAAGUCCCAGGUGGUGGACCUCAAGGCUGAAGGGUACUGGGAGGAGCUGAUGGACACCACCCGGCCGGACAUCGAGGUCAAGGACUGGUUUGCAGCCAGGCCAGACUGCGGGUCCAAGUACCAGCUGUGUGUCCAGCUCCUGUCAUCAGCCCACGCACCACUGGGAACCUUCCAGCCAGACCCGGUGAUGAUCCAGCAGAAAAGCGAUGCCAAGUGGAGGGAGGUUUCACACACAUUCUCCAACUAUCCACCCGGCGUCCGCUACAUCUGGUUUCAGCACGGAGGCGUGGACACUCACUACUGGGCCGGCUGGUACGGCCCCAGAGUCACCAACAGCAGUGUUAUCAUCGGGCCCCCGAUGCCCUGAUGCCUCCUGAGCCCCAAUCCUCAGAGCCCUAAUUGGUAAAGAGUAGGAAAGGGACAGGCUUGGGAAGGGGAGGGGGAAGUCAGUCACUCCCAGACCUCAUUGUUAGUCUUUGCCCCCAGCUACCUCUGUGUGGAGCUUCUAAUGUCUGGGCCACCCUCCUCUCUCUAGCCCUCCAGAAAAGCUGCCCCUCUAAGGGGUGCAGUGCCCCAGGUUAGGUAGACACAAGAGGUUUCCAUACUUCUCAGAGAGAGGUUUCCCAGCUUGUAUGCUUGUUUCUGCCCCUGAUCUCUCUCCUUGUUCUCCUUAAGGGCCCUUAGAGCUGGGACAGACAACAUAUCUGACAGGUUUGGGGACUGCCUUUAAUGAUGCAGAUAUCAUAAGGCAGACCUGGGAUAGAAGGUUCUGCUGUCCAGGCCUUAGCCUGGUUGUCAGCUGCUGUACGCUCUCUGCUUUGGCCUUCAAGUCAGGCCUGGUACCAGAUAGGUAGGAUCAGAUUGUCCUUGUCAUCAGCAAAGCCCCAAAGCCAAGGUGGGUACCAAUGAGUGUAGGACUCCCCAGAGGACACAGGAUAAGAGGCAGGAUGGACCAGGAUUCUGAGAGCUGGGAUGAGGAAACAGUAGAAGGACCUGGCCAGGUUCUCUGUGGCUUGGAAAUGUCCCAGCCCCAUCCGGAGGAACUUCAGUUCACACACUAUCCCCUGACCCCAGCACCACUCUAUCCCUCCUGUUACACAGCCAAAUAAACUGUUUCUAGCCUCUU